AUGGAUGUUCUACUUAAGACCGGAAAUCGCAUGAAUGUUGGUACAAUUCGGGGUGAUGCUCAUGCCUUCAAGCUCGAAACAUUGCUUAAACUAGUUGAUGUCAAAGGGAAUGAUGGCAAGACUACAGUUCUGCAUUUCGUCGUCCAAGAGAUUACCAGAGCAGAACACUCCCGCCUCUCUGCCACUUGCAAUAUGGCUGCUGAAGCACCAUUGUUGCAAGAGAUUACCCCACAACAUGAUCUAGAGUGCAGGAAACUUGGUCUACAAAUUGUUGCCGGUUUGGAGGGAAUGGAGAAGAUCAAUGAGGUAUUAAAAUUGAAUGAAGAACUAGGCUCCGAGAACAGCCACCGCAAAUUCCAUGAUGCCGUGACUCAGUUUCGUAAAAGUGCAGAGGAUGACAUUAUCAGAGUGCAAGCCCAAGAGAGUGUGGCAUCGUCUCUGGUUAAGGAAAUAACUGAAUAUUUUCAUGGUAAUAAUUCAGCUAGAGAAGAAACACACCCUCUUAGGAUCUUCAUGGUAGUCAGAGAUUUUCUGCUCAUUCUAGCUCAGGUAUGCAAGGAUGUAGGAAGGAUAAAUGAACAGGCAACUAUCAGCUUAGGACAGAAGUUAAUUACCAGCGCCGAGAUACCAAAGUUCAUAUGA